AUUUGCUAAAUCCAAGGGUCCCUGAGUCUUUGCUUUUACUUCCAUUCACGGAUAGAUCCAUUCAGCUUGAUUUCAGAUACCUUCCAAGUUUCUUUUCAAAACAGAGACUGAAAAUGGGGUUACAUAAAAGUCUCACUGAUUUUUUUUUUCUUUAAAUGCUCUUCCUCUUUCAGGACUGUUUGAGGCUACAUUUGCAUAUACGCACACCAGCCAAAACUAAAAGCUUCUUGACCUCUAGCCUGAAAUGCCACCCUUUAUAAAUUUCAAGUAGGCAUUUUAUCCACAUCACUGAGCUAUGUAUUUUAAGAACCUGUUUUACUCAAGAGGAGGAUGGUGUAAAACGAGAACAACACAGAAGCCUGAGGGGGAUACGGCUGUGGUGUUGGGGGCCGCAGAUGUGGGGAGACUUGAUCCCAUGCCCCUAAGUCCCUGAAGUAGUUUGGGUCUCGAUAUUUCUUUCAGCAAAAUGAUGCUUCAACACCCAGGCCAGGUCUCUGCCUCAGAAGUCAGUGCAUCUGCCAUCGUCCCCUGCCUGUCCCCUCCUGGGUCACUCGUGUUUGAGGAUUUUGCUAACCUGACACCCUUUGUCAAGGAAGAGCUGAGGUUCGCCAUCCAGAACAAGCACCUCUGUCACCGGAUGUCCUCUGCACUGGAGUCAGUCACUGUCAGCGGCAGCCCCCUGGAGAUGGCAGUCACGAAAACCGAGGUAGCCCCAGAAGAAGAUGAAAGGAAAAAGAGGCGGCGGGAAAGAAAUAAGAUUGCAGCUGCCAAGUGCCGCAACAAAAAGAAGGAGAAGACAGAGUGCCUGCAGAAAGAGUCAGAGAAGCUGGAGAGCGUGAACGCCGAACUGAAGGCCCAAAUCGAGGAGCUCAAGAACGAGAAGCAGCAUUUGAUAUACAUGCUCAACCUUCAUCGGCCCACGUGUAUUGUCCGGGCUCAGAAUGGGCGGACUCCAGAAGAUGAGAGAAACCUUUUUAUCCAACAGAUAAAAGAAGGAACAUUGCAAAGCUAAGCAGUCAUGGUAUGGGGGCAACUGGGGAGUCCUCAUCGAAACCUUCUACAUCCCAAACCCUGAAGCCAUUGGAGAUCUGACUUCCUGUGCACCUCUCGCAUCCCAGCCGUGAAGAACCAUCGAGGCGGAAGAGCCCUGGGUGACUCAGCUGGGCCUUUCCUCUCUGCACCAGAGUGGACUUUGGACCAGGACAAGGGCAUCUUUUUGUCUCAAUGCCAGGAUUUAGGCCUUAACAUUACUGGCUAUUCUUGGAUGCUGCAGAUGGCCCCUGUUCAGGGUCCUGCCCAUCUUCUGCCUGGAUUCUACCAAAACCAGGACUCUCACCAUUAGGACUCAUGCUGAAGAAGUGUCUGUACCUUGGGUGGGUGGAGUGGGGCCGCGUCCUGCACUGCCACGGCCACUCGCAGGGGACACAGAGGGAGAACGGCAUUUAACAACGUUGAACAAUGGCCAGGGUUGUGCUUUCUAGCAAACAUGCUAUUAUGUACCGGAAUUACUGUGUGCAAAGCGUCUGUGUCAAAGCUAGUCAUUGUGCUCUCCUGAUGUUUGUUUUGCACAACACCCGGUGUGAUUUUCCUCAGAUCUGGUUUCUGAGCGUGUGGGGGCGGCGAGCACCAUAGGCAGGGUCUUACAGAAUGUUGAGGUGGCCAGAAGAGCUUGUCCGCCCCGGGAGAACAGAAUUCUGCUGGCGAGCAGGGCAGUUUUGUGUCAACAGAGAAAGCCGCCUUUCCCGUGGCAGCCAGGCAUUAAUGCAAAACUCAUGGGCAUGACUGCAGGUCCUCUGUCGCGAACUCAGUUAUCAUGUCACAGGAAGAAAGCAGGAAGUCCAACUUCCAAAGGGCUAGGACUCUCCACUCAGUGACUUAGGUCAGGAGUUAUUUCUAGGCCAGAAAAGCCAAAGAAUAUUCCAUUUUCCCUUUCUCGCAGUUGAAAACCACAUUCAGUGGAGACAAGUUUGAAGCCAGGUGAUGCCCAGGCAUUAGCAUUAUUGGAUGUUCGUGGCAUUGUUUGUCAUGCAGAUGUUUGUAGAAAUCUGGCCCAGAGCAUUUAUAGCUGUGAGAGGUCAUUCACACUGGCCACAGGACUCUGGCUACUGUCUGUUUAAAUUCUGAUGUUUCUGUGAAAUCCUCAGAGUGUUUAAUCCUAUUCAAUAGUAUCGUUACAAUUUUCUGUAAGAGAAAAUAUUACUUAUUUAUCCUAGUAUUUCUAACUUGUCGAUAUAAUAAAUACUGGAACCAAGACAUGGUGAAC